AUGCCUUUGAACUAUAAAGAACAAUUGGAAGAUAGAAGGUCUCGAAUUGAGGCGUUGAGACAGAAAAGGAAAGGUGUUUCUCAAGAUAGUAAAUCAAGCAUAAAGCUGUCUGAUGCUGAGGGAGAAAAUGUGAACGGAGAAAAUGGAGAAAAUACUCACUACAUAGAAUCUUUAGACCGAGACAAAGAAGUAGUGAAUGUCUCGGAAACUGCCAAAGAAGCCCUUUUAAAUGACGGUCAGAGAGAAAACUUUGAGGUACAACAAGUGACCAGUCCAGAUGUAGAAAAUGUAACUGGAUAUUCUGUUAACGAAAGCAUAAUUGACGCAAUUACCCAAGAAAAAAAUGAAGUAGCUGUUGAAGAAAAAGAAGAAGGAAUAGAAAAAGAAGAAGGAAUAGAAGAAGAAGAAGAAGUCGAAGAAAUAGAAAAGGAAAAAGAAGAGCAAGAGGUAAAGAGUUUUAUGGAUGAACUACAAUCAUAUACCAUUGCACUGACUAAAAGAUCUCACAACCAAGAUAUAAAAGCAGAUAUUCGUAUUUUGACGGAUCGAGCUCGCAUUAAAACUGAACAAGUCAUUAAUGAACUUAUCAAAGAGAAGUACGAGAGGGAAUUAUCAUAG